CAAGAACAAGAGGUGCUCAUAUCUUACUGAAGAAGAUGUGACCGCUGUCACUACAGAGGAAUGUCACUUGUUUGCAAUGCACACAAUUACCCAACGGUCCCAUCCACAGACCUGUAGAUUGUGCAAACAUGUUGCGAUUAGUCACGACAUCACUGUCUCUCUACUGCCAGCGGGCUCAAGUAACAACUUUACUCCUCACAAGGCCCAACUCCUCGAUCGUUCAUGAAGAGAACCUGGUUACCGUAGACGCCUUGUACGACUUGUCCGUAGACAUCAGUAAAAUCCGGAAGGUGAAGGGUUGGGUGUUGCGGCAGAGCCCCGUAUACGUGAGCGAGACUGCCGCCCUGCUAAGGGACAUGGGGGCUAGCGGGCCUGUCAUCGCUCGUGUUUUGGAGCUCCAUCCUGAGGCCAUCCUCUGCAAACCUGAGCAAAUGGAGGCGCAGAAAAAGCUGUGGAUGUCUGUGUGCGCCAGCCAGAAAGAUCUGGUAGGAAUCAUUGAAAAAUUCCCUGCCUCGUUUUUCUCCUCGUCCUCUGAUCACGACAACCAGAAGGCCAACAUUGUGUAUUUCCAAACGCUGCAUCUUAACAAGCGCAUCAUUAGCAAGCUCAUGGCCAGCGCCCCUCAAAGCUUCAGCCGCCCUAUGAAGCAAAACGCGGAGAUGAUCCAGACCCUGCAGAAGACCUAUUUGGACUUGGGUGGGAAGGAGGACAAUCUGAAGAUCUGGUUGCAGAAGCUGCUUACUCAGAAUCCCUACGUGCUUCUUAAGCCCCCCGAGGUCCUGCGCGAAAACUUGACGUUCUUGCGCGACAGGGGCUUCACCAGCAAUGAGCUCUUGCGGCUGCUUUCCAAACUGAGAGGUUUCGUUACUGAGCUGAAUCCUGAAAGCAUGAGACUCACCCUCAGCUACUCACAGGAGACCCUGGAAUGCACAGAAGUAGAGUUUAAGGAGGUCGUACUUCAGUGUCCAGCCUUGUUAUACUAUUCUGUGCCUAUACUAGCUGAUCGCUUCAAUGGACUCCUCACCGCUGGAGUAAGUAUGGAGCAGAUCAUGGAGACUCCCACAGUGAUAGAACUGACAACGCAGAUAGUUCAAUAUCGCAUUCAAAAACUGCGCUCUUUUGGUUAUGAUGUACGUACUGGCAGCCUGGAAGUCCUCAACGGCACCAAAAAGGACUUCGAGAUGAGCUAUGGGAAGCUGCGUCUUAGGCGAGAGAGGCCACUGUUUAAUCCAGUAGCUCCACUGCAGUCCAGUUCUCCACUGCGAACGGAAGAUUAAAUAUUGGAGCCCGUUUCCACCACAGAAUAAAAAAAUUAAAAAGGUAAUUGUGACGUUUUAUCUCAAUUCUG